AUGGUGACGGCCCUCCGCAUACGCGGCCUAGAUGCGGAGGGCCUGUACCGGGUGCCGGGCCGCGCUUCCAAAGUUAAAGAAGUGGAAAAUCUGGCGAAUUCCAAGGUAGGUGUACUCAGCGAAUACUUACAAUCAAGUGAGGAUGCGUACGAUGGCCGGGCAAUUUCGUCAGUCAUCAAGCACUGUCUGGCAACAUUGCCGGAUAGUCUGCUUGAUGCUGACGUUUUUGCUACGGCCAUUGGGGAGAGGUCCGGCCAAUCUCUACGGACACCGACAGACUGGGCAUGA